AUGUUACUAACAGCUUCUUGCAUUCUGGAACGAUCCAAUGUUUUCCAGCAAAGAGACUGGAAGAAAAUGGAAUCAACUGGUCGAUCAUUAUCUACCGAUGAACCGGAUGUGGUAUUCGACGAAACGACGCCUUUAUUGAAUCCGUGCAGCUCAUUGCCAACUGUUACUAGUUAUGAAACUGGUCAACUCGAUUUUCCUGGUCCAUCGACGACUCAAUCCGAGGUUGGAGUGAAAUCAUCUAAGAGGCCACGUCGAAGAUGUGUGACUCAACGUUCACUGGAAACACAAAAAAUGAGGCCAUACAUUGCAUCACCUUUUAUGCCCAUCGCCACGCCACUGUCAAUUCCCUUGGAACGUCGAGCUCCCAAUUCACCGAAACCAUCAAAAAAGAACACCGUUCUCAAUGGUAGUGCUAAACCAGAUGAAGGUCUUUUGGCUGCCGAUGAACGAGGGUUACCGGCGACGAAUGACGAGUGA